CGAAUUUAUUUCAGGAAUGAGGCGAUCGUGGAAGAGGUCCUUCCAUGAAUCACGGUAGUGUGAGUUUUGUGUCUGCUGGUGGUGCCGGCAGCCAAGAUGAUCUCUGCAUUGUGUGUGGCGCUGUGGCAACCCAGGACUGCUCCGAAAAAUCGCAUGCUACCUCAUCAUUGUUACCAGCGUCGAAAAGAAGUUUAUCUGACAAAAUUGGCGAAAUCCUAGCAGAAGACGACGUCCAUGUCGAUCUUUUUGCGGAAGCUUUGUUGUGUGGAAAAUGCUACGACCUAGUAACGCAGGUUGACACAUUAGAGUCUAUGGUACAAAAUGCAAAAUCAGAACUGCGCGAGCUGCAUUCAAACAAAGCUCAGAACGCCUCAACUUACACGUCAAUGGCUGCCGUUUAUGAACCGGGUGUGCUCGAUUAUCAUCGGAAUAAAGUCGCGAAAUCGGAAGAUCUCUCGUCGUCGAACGAUAAUCGAGCCUUCACGGCCGAGCAACUCGGUGGUAAUCUGCGAGUCAUCAGCGGAAAUUUCAUAGCUGUCAAUGGCCUCGGACAAUUUUCUAACGUCUCGGACAACACUCAUCAGUUCGUGAUUAACGACCAGGGAAUUCAGAUCCCUGUUGCUUCCGUCGGAACUGGAACCCGGAGUGGAGAUCAACCAUGCUUUCAACUUCCUCGCCAAGCUAGUGUAUUUCGUCCGUCAUCCAUUUCUUCGCCGGGUCCGUCUUCUGCUAACAGUCAAAUUAAGAGCUCAAGUCCGCAUGGAUCCGCUUCAGAGUAUUCCGUCGUUCCGAAGGUUGAAAAUUCGGACUCCGAUUUGAGCAAUUUUAGUGCACAGCAGAAAGUUACUAUUGUGCGACACGUUCCAGGCAGCGACGCUGAGUAUCCUUCGCCUAGCAAAACAGCUAAAAAAGAGGCCCACGUUGAUCCCAAGCGGGGAGUCGUGAGAGGAGCCAGUCGGGGAGGAAGAAGCUCUCAGCCGGCGGAAGGCCGAAGUGCCCGGAAAGUGCACAAGUCUAAGCCACUGGUGGUUUCCCAGGCUGCCGCGGCUGGUGAUAGUACAAGCCGCUUGUCCGCCGAUUCUCCGUCGCUGAGGGCGGGUGAUAGAGUUGUGAUCGAGCAGCCGUUGCGAUCCCCGGCGAGGGUUAUUGUGGUCAAUUCUCUGGCGGCGGCCGCGAGUUUCGCCAACAACGCCCAGCAUAACUGGGACGGCUUAGCGCAGAUGGAAAUGGAAGACAGCUCUUCCUCAUGGAACACGCGGCCAGUGGAGGAUGGCAAUUGCUUCGUGUGCGGACUGGGGCUUUCGAUGCUGUCGCCAGGGUUCCAGUCGUCUACAGUGAUGAUGGACGCCUCUCGGGUAAUGCUAGACGAGCGUCUCGGUGAUAUCAUCGGAGUCGGGUCCCCGGAACAGCUGCAAAUGAGCAAAACACUCACUUGCGUGCGCUGUGUCUCGCUCAUCAUGCGAGUGGACUUCUUGGAGGUUGAGUUGCCAAAAACUAAGGCCCACGUGCGGUAUUUAUUUUCCAAGAAUCCUCUGAGACUUGCCGAGCAGCUCACUGGGAAUUCAGGGUCGAAACCGUCGCCAUCGUCUCGUCGGCCGCAGAUUCCAUCAUCAUAUCCAUCUGGAUUAAUAAGCGCCUUGACUAAGCCGUUGCAAACUUCCUCCGCAAAUGCAUUGUCGAACAGUGGGAUUUCGAGUCGUUACGCUGAUCAUUCUCCGCCUGAGUCUCCUGGCUCGAGGAAUGAAAGAGGCCCUGAUGCAGAAGAUGAUGUGGACGACGAGGAAGACGGAGAAAGAAAGCGGAAAAGACCGUUACCAGCGAUGAGGCCUAUCGAAGACAGCAAACCCAAUGUCAACGGGAUCGGAAGAUCUGUUAGUGGUGGAGACGACGACGAUGCCGAUGAAAUGCCGAAGAAAGUGAUGCGUCACGACGUUCGUGGAAACGGCGCGUCGAGUCCGGCGCCGUCGAAGACGAGCAGCGUGGCGGAAAGCGACCAGGACGCGCACUAUUCCAUGUCAGGCGACGAGGCCGAGCGCCUGACGCGGCGCCUCAUGUCCGGAGACCUGAACGCGUUUGGGCCGCACGGGGAAUUCGCCGGCCUUGAAUCGGCCAUCGCGGAGCGACUCAAGGCAAACGACGAGGCGGUCAAGUUGGGCAACGCGUUGGACGCCUCCGGAGCGAGUAACAUUCUCAACAGCUUGUCGAGUCUUUCCAGCCUCGUGGGCGCCGACCCGAGUGCGAUGGGGCUGGGCAUGCGCGGAUUUGCCGGUCGGAAUCCCUUGUUGGCCAGGCCUGGCGGCGGGACCAGUGGUGGUGUUGGUGGUGGUGUCGGUGUUGGUGUCGGUGGUUGUGGCAACCUGGUGACGGACGGUCUCUGCGCAGCCGCAGCAGCAGCAGCAGCUGAACAGAACCCUGUCCUGCUGGGCCUCUCUAACCCGUCCGCCCUGAACGCGUCUUUCCGUCACCAGAGCCUGCGCCCGCCCGGGAAACCCAGCGAGGACUAUGCUCAGCUGUCUGCGGGUUUGACCGGUUCCGACUCGCACGCCAAGUGCUGGCUGUGCCACAUGGACUGUCGUACGUACAAGAAGGUCGAGGAGCACUUUAAGAAGGAGCAUCCGGGCGAGACGCCGUUUGUGUGCGACAAGUGCGGCGGGGAGUUCCGGGACCUGAGUUCGUAUCGGAACCACGUUUAUUACGAGAACCGGAAGGAGAAGCUUGCCAAGGGCCAGCUGAAGCCAAAAUCCGGCAGCGGGAGUCUUCCGAUGAUGGUUCCGAAUUCUAGCACAUCCCCUGGACCAAGCAGUAAACUGGGACGUCCGCCGUUUUCAUUAGGCGGAUCACUCGACACCUCCACGCCGAGCUCCACGUCGUCCGGGAUUCUUCGCUGUGAACCGUGCAAAUUGCCGUUUACCUCCGAAACUGCCUUGAAAGACCACUUCGCCAAAGAGCACAACAGCAACGCGGAGGAUUUUCAAAUGUCCAUGGAACAAUACGCGUUGUACAGCCAGGCGUUGUUCAACGCACACAAGGAAUACAUGUUGUCGCAGCAGAAGGAGGCGGCGGCGCAGUUGCAGCGUCAGAUGCAGCAGUUUGGAGUUGCUGCAGCAGCCGCCGUCAACGCGUCUGGGAAAAGCAGCAGCAGCAGUAGUAGUUCAGGAACGGCGGCGUCCAACGGUAGUUUUGUCUGCGACGAAUGCACUGCCCCGUUUAGGUCCAAGGAGGCGCUUUCCAUUCACAAAUUCCAGGAUCAUGGUGCCAAAGACAGCCUUCAGAAAUUGUGA